AUGCGCGGUGCACUGAGCGAGAGCGAAGUGAGCGCGCUGGUGCGCCAGACCACGCCGUUUUACUAUCAAAAGGAGGCAAGGGUGCUUGACUGGAUCUCGGACAAGCACCUGUCGCUGCUUAUGCCUGUCCUGGUCUACUGGGUGACGUCGCUGCUGUACCAUGCGCUGGACGUGCUGCAGCCCAAGUGGUCGGAACGGUACCGCAUGCAUCCCCCCGAGCAGAUCAAGCAGCGGAACCGUGUGACGAUGCGCCAAGUGAUUCUCAUGGUCGUGCUGCAGCACAUUGUGCAGACGGUGCUCGGUAUUUUGGUCCUCGACGACACGCCGUACGAAGGCGCGUGGCGUACAGACGCACACCCCGAGGCGGAUGUCUACGCGAUCACCGGCUGGCUGCGUGCUGCGUACGCGCUCUUUGCGCCUGCAUCGCGCGCGACGGAUCUGCUGAUCGUGCGCGGGGCGAUCGCGCUGUACUGGUGGGGCAUUCCCUGGCUGCAGUUCUGGGCCGGGUGCUUUGUGAUGGAUGCGUGGCAGUAUAUGCUGCAUCGCCUGAUGCACGAGGUGCGCUGGAUGUAUCGCAUGCUGCACUCGCACCACCACCGCCUCUAUGUGCCGUACGCAUUUGGCGCCUUGUACAACCACCCUCUGGAGGGUCUGAUUCUCGACUCGGCGGGCGCCGGCAUUGCGCAGCUCUUGACGAUGAUGAACCUGCGCCAGUCGAUCGUCUUCUUCUCGCUGUCGACGUACAAGACGGUAUCGGACCACUGCGGCUACGCGUUCCCGUGGUACAUGAACCCGAUCCACCUUCUCUUUCCCAACUGUGCAGAAUAUCACGACGUGCACCACCAGAGCCAGGGGCUGCGCUUUAACUACUCGCAGCCCUUUUUCGUACACUUUGACACGCUGCUGGGCACGCGUAUGGACCCCGAAGAAUUCCGCAAGAUGCUCGCCGCAAAGGCCGAGGGCAAGCCGGUGCCGGUAAGCGACCCGGCCCAGCUCUCGUCGUAUACGACCGCCUCGGCGUGGUCGGUGGUGUUCUUUGCGGGGAUCCUCCUGGUCCCGGUCGUGGCCUACUCGUUAGGUCCUAUGUAA